CUGUCAGUCACACAGCUCUGAUGAAGAAACAGAAAGUCCGCAGUCUGCGGAGCCCCCAGCCUGGUCAGGACCACCACAGCAGAGACCCUGUCCACAAGAUGAUCAUGACUGGGUGUCCGUCCACCCUUCGGACUGCUACAGUUCCUGUAAAUGCGGCAUUAUUCCACAAUCUGCAAUUUUCCCAGAUACAUUACUGUCCUGUGCUCAAACAUCAGUGUCAGGGAAGAGUGGAACAGAAAGGCAGGCACAAAAUAAAUACUGCUUGCAAAAGACCAGCGGGUGUGAUAUUGAUGACGGGGAGACGGGCCCUUUGUGUAGGUGUCAAGGCUGCAAUGGGCCCCACCACCAUGAAACUGUGGAACGACGUUGUUUCCCGCAACAUGACCCGCAAUUUCCUGACUGUCCCAAAGCAACGACCCCAGCGGUUAGCCAGCACACGCGCGAAAUGACCACGUCUCCUCUCGGGAUGAAGGGUGGCUGCAGUUUGUUCGGUGUGGGAACUGAUAAGAGUGAGGAACGGGGCAGAUGCAACGGCAGGCGAGAGUCCAAGUGCGGCAGCCACGGGGAUGAUCUCUAUCUCCGCCAGAUAGAUGAAAUGGGAAUCACUUGUUUGUCCUACAACCCAUCGGCGUUGUACUCGAGAACCUUUGCUUCUGGGGAAGAUGAUUUCUGCAGGCCGCCCGGGAAACACAGUGCAAGCAAAGAUCGACGGCCACAUUGUCAGAGGCCAUCGCGGAUUGACAGCGAUGAUAGCUGCGGGGGCGUCGCUGACAGAGGGGCCACGGGAGCCUGGAAGUCGGAAGGUGGAAGGGUGCGCAAGAGUGCCGGGCCAAAGAUGUGUGGCACCGUGCCUUUCCCCAGAGAGAACUCCUCCUGGCCCAACUCCGCCACUCAGGACAAGCUGAGAGAAUUCCCCUGUUCCGGAAGGAGACAGUCGAGAAAUAAAUCUGUCAUUCCAAGGUUCCACAAGCAAGGCAGCGAGGGUCCCGAUCCGAUCGGCCUCGGCCCGUUUGUUAGGGAGGAUACCUGGUGGCGGAGCCGGCUGCUAAGAGGGGCGUACCCACAGAGUGGUGCCGAACCCCGGCUCAGGACAGAGAGAUGCGCCAGGAAAACGGACGAUGUCUAUGUCUACGAAGUGGAUGACGCUGGGACUUCGAGUCUGUUUUACAAACAACGCCCGAGUUCGUGCGGCGUCUCGGAUAGCGACGAUAAUCUGUGCGGUAAGAAGGGCCACCCCAAGGACACCUGUCAGCAUUUGAGUUGUAAAUGGUGUAAGUCACAGCCGAUACCUGGGAGAACAAGAUGCUCACUGUGUUCUGAUGACACCAGCAGCCUGAUGAGCUUAAAACAGGGAGACUGCCACACCUCAACCUUCAGGACUAACGGAGGCUCCACACCCAUAAUCUACUCCUUACCACAGUGGCCAAGACACCUACUCCUGCAAAACAGUGGGGCUCAGGCAACAACUGCAGUCUACAAAGACUAACUAUCGAUCAGACUCAGGCACAGCACCCCGGCCAUCUCUGUGCGUUAACACAUCACCUCUGUCUCACCUCACAUUGAAUAGUUAGAAAUAAGUACGAAACUAUGUAACAUGUAUAUAUAAAAGCCAUCCAUGACAGAACUGUCAGCGAGCCAGUGAAGGCAAUAAUGAUUCAGAGUGAAUAUUAGACACAGAAUGAAACUAAGAGCUUGCAAGGAGUGGUAAAUCUGCAGAAGUAAAAGAAUUAUUUUAAUGUCAAGACUAACAUUAAAUGUAAGGCUCCCAAAAACAAUAAAGCUUUGUGAAAUACACUGAUAGCGAAGAAGCAUGUUGGAACAUUAGUGCUAAUCUUUACACCUUUCAUAUUGGUGAUCAAGGUCAGGGGUCAAGGAAUGAUAGUGAACAGUGAAUGAUAGGAUAGUAAACCCAAACCAAUGUGACCUCAUUGCGGUGGCCUUACUCACAAUCACCUUUACUUAUGUCAUACACUUAAACUCCAUUUCACACACAUAUACUUCUUCUUAAGCCCAUCACUCCUACUGGGGCACAGACCACCAAAAGCAGCUCACCGGAGUUCUCUGUCCUGGGUUAGCCUUUCAAGCUGUCCCCAGGUCUUGGUGUAUCCUCCUCCCAGAGGUGAGGUCUUUGGAGCUUCUGUAGUUCUGGGUUUUUAUUUUUAUAGGAUAGAAUUGCCGAUCCUAUGUCCAACCCUCCUCAUUUUGUUGCUGGGCUUGGGAGUGUUACACUAACACAGUUUCACCCUCACAUGUAGUGAAGAAUACACACAGAGUGACAGAUGCAGAAUGGAAAUGGGUCCUUUAGCUUAAUGUGUCUGCACUGAGCAUCAACCACCUAUUUACACUAAUAAUAAUAAUAAUAAUAAUCCUUCCUUUUAAUUCCAAUUCUGCUCCUACAUCUUAUGGUCUUAUAGAAGGCAUAGGUUAAAGGUGAGAGGGAAAAGAUUUAAAAGAGAUCCAGAAUAGUACAGCACAGGAACAGGCCCUUCAGCCCACGAUGUUAUGCUGAACCAAUUAAAUACCCAACUAAUCUAAUCCCUUCUGCUCAUUUCCAUUUCUACGUGUUCAUGUGCCUAUUAAGAGCCUCUUGAAAACCUCUAUUUUAUUUGCCUCCAUCACCACCCCAGGGAGUGCAUUCCAGACAUCCCCCAUCUGAGGGGUAAGCUGUUCACAGAGCUUGAUGAGUAUAUUGUAACAGCUACCAGAGGUGGGUACAAUUUCACCAAUAAAAAAAAACACAUUUGGACAGUUACAUGUAUGGGAAAGGAACAGAAGGAUAUGGGCCAAAUACAGGAAAAUGGGAUUGCCUUUGACAGGCAUUUGGUUGGCAUGGAUGUUUGCAGCAUUUUUUUGUUUUUACAUUUGAAGUCAAAUGACAAGAAAGUAAGGAAAUCCCGAUGAAACUGAAAUGGGAUCGUGACACAACAAGAGGCCACAAUCCAUUGAGCCUGAGCCAACUCUAUAAAAAUCCUCUUCAACUAAUCCCAAUCUCCUGCUUUAUCCUUUCUGUAAUUCUGCAGUUUACCUGUUUGAAAAUUAGCACUGAAACUGCUGGGUCUGGGUUCUGCAAUGCCUCUCGAUUCUAGGAAUGGGACAACAAUGACAGGUUUGAGAUUCUGGGAUUGAGAUGCAUGACUCAAUAAUUCAGAGACUGGGGUUCUGGAUUUGGGAUUCUGGGCUCAGGUUUUAUGGUUAGCCUAUAUGUGCUUGGGAUACCAGAACUAUGAUCCAAUACUUGAGAUUUUGAGACUGGAAUUCUAGAUUUGGGAGUGAGGUUCUGAGUGUAACAUGGGCCUCUAGAUCUGGUACUGGGAUAACUGAUAUUGACCUUAUUAUACAAAAAUAUGCCAGCAACAUUGGGAAUCAUGAACUUAAUUCACACAUCAACCAUGGUUUAUGAUCUCAAAUCAUUCCACCUGGACUCUCCAUUUAAAAUGCAAAAAGAUGAAUCGGUUUAUUUGCCUAUGAAUAUGUGAAAACCCCUCUGAAAUGUCAAAUGUUGAGCAGACCAGAUAUGUAACUAACCCUGUAAGUCAUUGAGCAUUUUAAAAUUCCUUCAAACACAAAAGCAACCUAAUAAUAAUGGGUCUAAAGAUAGAGAAACAGCUGGAGCUGUCAACCAGGACAAGGGCUUAGAAUGAAACAAUCCAGACUGCCUGAGUGCAUUGUGCAGGACCUACAGACACCCCAUGGAAUGUGAACUCUGAGUGAUCAAUAGGCACAACAAAGCAGUCCACUGCUUCCACUCAGCACAGAAAUGUCACCCAAUGGCACAGAAAGAGACAAAGCACAUUUCUCUAAUACCUUGCAUGGAGUCAAAAGCUUCAGAUGUUGGACCUCUCGUGCAUGUGACCUUGCAAACAGUAGUGACUGUUAUUUUUUUCAUGCAAUGAUAUUUGUAUAGAUUGACCUGGGUUCUACCUUUUGACAAAUCUUUGUUCUCAGGAUAUCUCCUUUCAUGACUUAUAAGGUAACUUUUCUGUGUUUCUGCUCUGACAAAGGCCAAAUUUGCGGCUUUCAGUAACUCAUCCCAUCAUGCAUGGAAGUAAUCAGACCUUGUACCGAGUUCUAGGUACAACAGUCAGGAAAUAUGAGGAAACAGUUUAGAAUGACAUGUCCCCCCCCACCCCCGCCACGGCUGCAGAAUGCUAAUUACCACCUAGAUCAACACUUACCCUCUCCUGCAGAAUGCUAAUUCAUCACCUAGAUUAACACUUCCCCCUUCCUGCUCAAUAGACACAAAUGGACACAUUUAUAUACUUCACAAGACUGAAUUUAGACCACAAAUCCGUAAGAGCAGAAUUAAGCUAUUUAGCCCAUCGAGUCUGCUCCACCAUUCUACCAUUGCUGAUUUAUCAUCCCUCUCAACCUGCCUUGGUUCUAAUCACUUAAUUCCACUCCAGUCCUGACCAACCCUAAUAGAUGAGCAUGAGAAGCAUUAUGCUCUUCUUCAGAAUCUUUCUCAAUCUUUCAUCAGGAUACUGAAGAGUGGACAACAAAUGAAACUAACAAGUAUUAAUAGAAAACGUACAGACAGCUAGGAUCGCAUUCUGAUGUAGGGUCUUGACAUGAAACAUCAACUUACAUCUUUUGCUUCACGGACAUGUGACCUGCUAAGUUCUUCCAACAUUCAGUUUUUUGUUUGGGUUUUUAUCAUCUGUCACAGAAGGUGCCAAGCAGUCGGCAGCAGUACAGUGGCAUGAUGUGAAUGAAUAAACCCAGACAUCCCACCUCUCCCGGAAGUUCCGGGAGUCUCCCGCAUCUCGAUAGUGGCUCUCUGACACCCGGAAAUUAUAUACAAUAUCCCAGAAAUAGAUUUUUUUGAGAGCGAGAGGGACAGAGAGAGCAAGCAUCCUGAUUGGUCUCUCUUUGUGCUGAGAAUGAUCCCCAACCACCUGGCCACGAGGAAACGAUAUGAUUUGGCGAUAUGAAAUGAUAUGAGUCAGCUGCACCUUUCCUCAUUCCCUGUCAUGUACUGUUGAAUUUUAACACAUGCGAGGUCAUCAGUGACCCAAGUCGUGCAAAGGAAUGGGUCUGUGACCCAUUUGUGAAUGUCCUCGGUGAAUCAUCCAUGUCAGCGCGGGAAGGAGAUCAACUCUUCGAGUUUGCAAAUGACGGUGGGCUGAAAAGUAUGUUUGACAUAACAUCUCUGCCGGCAUUCUGGAUCAAAGACAAGGCUGAAUAUCCUGAGAUAGCCACGGAAGCACUGAAAACGUUGCUUCCAUGUCCAACAUAUCUCUGUGAACCGGAGUUUUCUGCAAUGAAUGCAAUGAAAACUAAAUUGAGGAAUAGACCGGACAUAAGGAACCCCUUCGAGUAUCGCUGUCUCCCAUCACCCCUCGAUAGGACCGUGUUGUUGCAGGGAAACAAGCCCAGGGCUCCCACUGAUUUAGCGAUAUUGGUGUGUUGCAAUGAUUUUAUAUGUUCAUACGGGGAAAAUACUUAAAAUGUUAUGAUGCGAUUGACUUACCACCUAUAUUCCGGCUGUGAUGAACACCCGCCCCCCGGGUCGGCCGGUCCGCAAGAAUAUUGUCAAUAUUAAACCGGUCUGCGGCGCAAAACUGAUUGCAGACCCCUGCUAAGUAGACCUAUCAGUUCUCUGUGGCGGGCUUCACAGUCGACCUCAAAAAUAAUGACAGUGUUGCUCGCUGCACUGUUUGCAACAGUGACUUUUCUAUUACCCAUGGUGGGUUAAAAUGUAAAAGACAUGUUGAGGUGAGUUUAACAGGUGUCAUUACAACAUAGCUAACGUUAUUUAAACUAGCUGGCUGGCUGCUAAGGAGCUACGCUAUUGAUGUCCUACGUGAUGAGGUCAAACUCCCUGUUAAUAAGUUGUAAUAGAAUAAACAUGAUAAUAUAAUAUUAGUACAUAUUUUAAUGCCACAUGUUCUGCAUAUACCCAACUUGGUUUACAGAUUAGACAAAAUCACUAAACAAAGUAUUACAUACACCCUUGGAGGUCGACCGUGGAGGCGAGGUGUGAGGAUAUGGGGUUGUGGGGGGCAGGGGUGCUACCUCCCCGAAAUGAGCUUUUGCAGGGUGGGAUGUCUGCAAACCAACCGAAACACCAUGGGUUACAGGCACAUUACCUAGGAAAACAGGAGGCCAACACGGAGGUUUCAUGAUUCUGGUCACUGAUGGAGCUCAGCAUUUAGACCAAAAGAUAUUGGAACAGAAUUCGGUUAAUUGGCCCAUUUACUGCCAACCUCCAAAGAUCCUUGAACCGAGGAGCAUGUUCAGCCACCUCAGAGAACAGUAGAUGACUAUGCUGUGGAGGAUCCAGAGGCACAACGAACAUGGAUGAGACAAGGACAGCUACCUUCCCUAGAGGAUAGCAGUGAACAAACCAGGUUUGUCUAACAAUCUGGUACAUUUAUGGUUACUGUUCCUGACAGCCAAAUUUGAAAGUACACUUCACUAACUGACUAGAGAGACCAAGGGUGAGCUGCUACAUCUGAAACACCACCUACUCCUAGCAUGUGAAUUUCAGGUCUGUCUAUGACCACAGGUGUCACGUUGAUCUGCAGAGGGAAUGUGUGUGUUGGCCCUGUAAUCUGUUCGGUGUAAAACAGAGUGGUGGGCCACAACCCUGUUCUUUGGCUCGGAAGGGGAUGGUCAGUGUGGGGAGGAAGUGAGUGGUGUGGGGAGAGAGCAGUGGGCUGGAGAGAGAGUUGGUGGACUAUCUUUGCUUCUGUACUGUACUGUA